AAAAACAAAAAUUUUUCUCUUUUAUUUUGGUUAAUUUAAAUUAAUAUUUUCUUAAUUGCUCUUUGAUUUGUCCUGUUUAAACUAUUGUUUUUCUUUUGUUUUUAAUUAGUUUAUUUAAAAAUUUAUAAUGUCUAGUUUAGAUGAUUUCUUUGCUAAGAAUGAUGAUGAUGCCGAAGAGCGUCAUCUUCAAAUGUUAACUCAACAAUUGGUUCAACCUUCACCAUCUCGACCACCAAAUUCACCACCUACACCACAACAAUCUCAAUUAUCAUCUUCAUCUUCAUCAUCUGCAACAGCACCCCAACAACCUCAAACACCUCAGCCACAAACACCACAACCUCAAACACCAUUACCAGCACCACAAACACCACAACCCCAACAUGUACAAUCACCACCGGCUUCACAUUUACCCUCUCCCGCUCCACAUCAACCACCAAUGACACCAAUGACUCCAAUGACUCCGAUUACGCCAAGUUCAACUGAUCCUGGAAUCGCACCACAAUUACAAAAUAUUGUCUCCACAGUUAAUUUAGGUUGUAAAUUGGAUUUGAAAAAGAUUGCUUUACAAGCCAGGAAUGCAGAAUACAAUCCAAAACGAUUCGCCGCUGUGAUCAUGAGAAUCAGGGAACCUCGAACAACAGCUCUUAUCUUUAGUUCGGGUAAAAUGGUCUGUACGGGUGCUAAAAGUGAAGAACAAUCUCGACUGGCAGCUCGUAAAUACGCUCGUAUUGUACAAAAAUUAGGCUUCGAUGCCAAAUUUUUGGAUUUUAAAAUUCAGAACAUGGUGGGUAGUUGCGAUGUUAAAUUUCCAAUUCGUUUAGAGGGUCUCGUCCUUACACACAGUCAGUUCUCUUCCUAUGAACCCGAACUAUUUCCUGGUUUAAUUUACCGAAUGGUCAAACCCAGAAUUGUCUUACUCAUUUUUGUCAGGAAAGUUGUAUUAACUGGAGCCAAAGUCAGAUCCGAAAUUUAUGAAGCCUUUGACAAUAUUUAUCCAAUUCUCAAGGGAUUUAGGAAACAAUGAAAAAUAUUCACCAUCCAUCAAUUAAUAACUUUUAUCAUAAUCAAAUUAAGUUUAUUGAUUAAUUUUGUAUAUUUCACUUGAUCCUCAGAUUUGCUUUAUUUAUGUAAACAUUAAUCAUCUGGAAUCUUAUGGAUGAUUAUGUUUACUUCAUAACUUUUUUCUCCUUAUAAAUUUAACUGACAAUUAAUGUAACACAAUCACAAUUAAUAUUCAUCUCAUCUUGUGAAUAAAUAUGUUACACAGAGAAGAAA